AUGAAAAAAACGUUCUCUGCAGUAAGAAGAAGACGAGCAAGAAGCCUGUCUCCUGACUCCUCUUCAAACACGCCCAGGAGUCUGUGGAGGAACUGUUGCGAUUCUCCUACCAAUAAGGAGAACGAGCGCGCAAUUAAGAGACUGCGUGUGCGGCUCUCCAGUAGAUUCUCCGCUGCAGAUGAAGCCGAACCGGGCCGAACAUGGAGACAGCACCGCAGUGACCCAGAAGAGGACACCAGUCUAUCACGAGAGACGAGUGCGGUCGACCCGGUGGCCGCUGCGAGGUUCAGUCAGCUGAGGUCACGGCGGAAAGCCCCGCCCACACACGUCACUCAGGACGCCGUCACUGACCUCGCUCUCAUAGGAGACUUCAGUAAGCAACACCUGCUUCCUGUUGAGAGUGGCGGCCAUCAGGAGCUUCACUGUGUCAGCGCUCACACUGUGGCGUCACUGAUCAGAGGUCAGUUUGGUCCUGCAGUCGAGGAUUUCCUCAUCAUUGACUGCCGUUACCCAUACGAAUACCAAGGAGGACACAUCAAGGGAGCAGUGAAUCUGUACACUGAGUCUCAGAUCCAGCAGGCGGUGCAUCAGGCCUCAGCGGGAGCCCAAGUUUCGCCUCGAAACGCCUCGUCUUGGAGGAUGAGGAUGAAGGGACGUCUGUCUGACUCACUCCCAGAGGAGGAGGGGUCGUCGCCACGGAAACUGAUCAUCUUCCACUGCGAGUUCUCAUCGGAAAGAGGCCCACAUCUGUGUCAGUAUCUGAGGAGGCUGGACAGACAGGCCAAUGUGUAUCCCAGCCUGCACUAUCCGGAGCUCUACCUGCUGCUGGGGGGUUACAAACACUUCCAUGCCUCUUACCCGGAUCUGUGUGAUCCCUGCGGUUACGUGCCCAUGCGCCACCGCGAGUACCGGGAUCAGCUGCACGGAUACCGCAGGAAACGACCAACACGGCAGCAAAGACGACGGCCAACAAUCAGAGUACAUCAGAGAACCACACGCUAAAUACUACACACACACACACACACACACACAUAUAUACAUAUA